UUCAUUCCUCACAACCAAAACCAAACCCAAAACCUUCCCCAUCUCUCUCCCAUUCCACCACCACCAUGAACCACCCACGACCACCACCACCACCACAUGGGUUCCCCUUCAUUCAAUCAAAGACAGAACCUUUCUUUGAAGAAGAAGAACAACAACAACAAAAACCCAAUAAAACUCACACCCCACCACCACCUCCAAGGCGGUCAUCCACCAAGGACCGCCACACAAAAGUAGAGGGUCGGGGCAGGAGGAUCCGAAUGCCAGCCACCUGCGCCGCCCGAAUAUUCCAACUAACCCGAGAACUCGGCCACAAGUCCGACGGUCAAACCAUCCAGUGGCUUCUACACCACGCCGAACCAUCCAUAAUCGCCGCCACCGGCACCGGCACCAUCCCCGCCAUCGCCACCUCAGUCAAUGGCACCCUCACCAUCCCCACCACCACCACCACCACCGAUAAAAAACGAAAACUCCCACCUGAUUUCGACAUAAACCGAAACACAAACAACCCAACAACCACCACAACUGUUUUCGCUCCUGUUAUGACCACCACCACAUCACAAUCUUUCAUCCCCGUGUGGGCCAUACCCAUCACCGGAACAACCACCGCGUUUUGGGCCUUUCAACCACCCACAACAACGGCGAAUGUUGAGGAGAAAAAGGAGAUUGUUUUCUUUGAGGCAAAUCGUCGAACACCUUCCGACCACUAAAUUCAACGACGGUUGCUUAAUGAGUUUCUUGUUUGAUUUUUGUUCUUCUUUCAGCAUGUGAGUGAAGAGCGGGGUCUACAAGGUGGGCAAUGGGUAAAUGUGGUAGGACCAUACUAAGUGGGCCCGUGUUAAAGGACCACUUCGAUAGAUCAUGGGCCGUCAAGUGGCCCACUUGGGUUGAUUUAUGUGAGAAUAAGAGGGCCCAGGUUAGCGUGGGUGGACCUGCGUAGCACACUUUGUAGGGUUUUGACACGUGUUUGUCUGUCAUUGGCUGUUAUAUUUAUGUCUUUCUUUUUCGUUUUAUUUUUGGGUCGAUAUUUACUUAUUUAGUCAUGAAACUUGAUAGAUAUCAUAUGCACCUCCACCCACUUUGUCUUGUGUUUCCGGUAUUAACGAUUUUAAUGUAUGCAGUUUAGUAUUUU